AUGAAGGAGAGGUUGCAGUCCGAGGUGAUGAUGAACAAGAGGGAAGGAGGAGAUAUGAUCUCCAAAAUCAUGCAUAUGUUCAAGAACUGUCUAUGGAAUUAGAAGAUGAGGGUAAAGAUGAUGAGGAUGAUGAUGAAGGAGAGGACGAUGGUGAUGAUGAAGAAGAGGGAAAAGAACAACAAGAGGGAGGGAGGAGAUAUUAUUUGCGAAAUCGUGCAGAUAUACGAAGAGUGUCUAUGCAGGAAGAAGGUAAGCCAUGUCCAAGACCAAUAAGAUCUUCUCAAAGAGUAUUACACCAAGGAAUGGGAAUUAAUUAUAAGGUUGGUUGGGGUGUAAGGAACGGUAGUGGAUCAAGAGUUCAUAAGCGUCCAGCUGAAGAUUCUUCUGAUGAUUCUUUUCUUGUGGAUGAGCUGGACCAAGGUCCUGCAGUAAUUCCCAGCGGUGGGGGAGGUGGUGGGAGCAGAUCUGGACUUCCUUGGCUUCUUGGGGGACUAGAAGAGAUGCACGGGACAAGUACAGUAUGGGGAUUGAAUGACGUUGCUGCAUAUUUAUCAGGUUGGGAUCAUCAGAAUCAAGGUAAUGCUUUUACUGCUGGCCUGAGCUCUAAGGUAGGGGCAGACAUUCAACCUUUACAGGUUGAUGAUCAGAGUGUUAGUUUUAAUGAUAUUGGUGGGCUUUCUAAAUAUAUUGAUGCUUUGAAGGAAAUGGUUUUCUUUCCCUUAUUAUAUCCAGAUUUCUUUGCAAGUUAUCACAUCACCCCACCAAGAGGAGUAUUGCUAUGUGGUCCUCCUGGCACUGGGAAAACAUUAAUUGCCAGAGCAUUAGCCUGUGCUGCCUCAAAGGCUGGCCAGAAAGUGAGUUUUUACAUGCGUAAGGGAGCUGAUGUUCUAAGCAAAUGGGUUGGUGAGGCCGAAAGACAAUUGAAACUACUUUUUGAGGAAGCACAAAGGAAUCAGCCCUCCAUCAUUUUUUUUGAUGAAAUAGAUGGACUUGCUCCUGUGAGGUCUAGCAAACAAGAGCAAAUUCAUAAUUCUAUUGUGUCUACGUUGCUUGCUUUAAUGGAUGGUCUUGAUUCUCGUGGACAAGUUGUUUUAAUUGGAGCAACCAACAGGAUUGAUGCCAUUGAUGGAGCCUUGCGACGCCCUGGUCGAUUUGAUCGUGAAUUUAACUUUCCUUUGCCUGGUUAUGAGGUACGUGCUGAAAUAUUGGACAUUCACACUCGAAAAUGGAAACAUCCUCUUUCCGAGGAACUAAAAUUGGAACUUGCAGCUUGUUGUGUAAGCUACUGUGGAGCUGAUUUAAAAGCUCUGUGCACUGAAGCUGCCAUCUGUGCUUUUCGUGAAAAAUAUCCUCAGGUUUACACAAGUGAUGACAAAUUUGUGAUUGAUGUUGAUUCAGUAGAAGUUGAGAAGUAUCACUUUAUUGAGGCCAUGUCAACAAUUACCCCAGCUGCUCACCGUGGUGCUGUUGUGCACUCUAGGCCACUAUCUUCAGUAGUUGCGCCAUGUCUACAAAGACAUCUUCAGAAAGUCAUGAAUACUAUAUCAGAUAUAUUUCUUCCAAUUGCAAUGUCAUCAGAGUUGACCAAGCUUUCUAUCCCCUCCUAUAGUUUUGCUGCUGUCUAUAGGCCCCGACUUCUGAUUUAUGGUGGUGAAGGUACUGGGCUGGAUAAUAUUGGGCCAGCAAUUUUACAUGAAAUGGAGAAAUUUCCUGUUCAUUCCCUAGGACUUCCGUCUCUUCUUUCAGAUCCUAGUGCAAAGACACCAGAGGAGGCACUAGUACAUAUAUUUGGUGAAGCAAGGAGAACUACUCCAUCAAUACUCUAUUUGCCUCAGUUCAACCUUUGGUGGGAUAAUGCACACGAGCAGCUCAGGGCUGUCCUGCAGACUUUGCUGGAAGAACUGCCUUCUGACUUACCUAUAUUGUUACUUGGAACAUCCUCGGUUCCACUUGCUAAAAUUGAAGAUGUGCCUUCUUCAGUAUUUUCUCACCGUUCAGUCUACCAAGUCAGCGAACCAGCCACCGAAGACAAAUCAUUGUUUUUUGACCACUUAAUUAAAGCUGCUUUGUCAGAGGGCAUGACAAAAAAAUCGCACAAGUCAGCCUCCCAGCUCCCUGAACUUCCCAAGGCACCAAAAUUGCCAAGUGGUCCAAAGGUAUCUGAGUUAAAAGCCAAGAUAGAAGCUGAGCAGCAUGCCCUUCGCCAAUUGCGGAUGUGCCUUAGAGAUGUUUGCAACCGGAUUUUAUAUGAUAAACGGUUUAGUGCCUUCCAUUAUCCAGUCUUGGAUGAGGAUGAGGAUGCUCCAAACAACCGUUCAAUCAUCCAGAACCCUAUGGACAUGUCUACUCUACUUCAGCGUGUGGAUUCUAAGCAGUAUAGUACGUGUUCAACAUUCUUGCAAGAAGUAGAUCUCAUUGUAUCCAAUGCCAAGGCUUUCAACGGAAAUGAUUAUAACGGCGCUAGGAUUGUUAGUAGAGCUUACGAACUUCAAGAUGCAGUGCAUGGGAUGCUUUCACAAAUGGACCCUGCAUUGGUUGCAUACUGUGACAAGAUUGCUGCCCAAGGUGGUCCUGUGCAUUUGCCAGAUGAUAUGGCAGGUUAUACUUUUACUUUCCCAUCAUCUAACCCUGUUGUGCAGCUGGGAAGUACUGUUAGCAGAGCGAGUGCACUACUUCAUAAUGUCCAACUAGAGGUUAAUCUGGAUCAAAGUUAUGAUGGGGCAAUCAUGAAACGACCAAAGAAGAAUGCUGAUAUUGCUACACUAGCUACAGCUUCAACAGCAGAAGAUAAGUCAAGGCAUCAUCAAGAUUCACAACUGCAGGCAAAGUCAUCUAAGGAACCUGAUCAGACACAUGACACAAAUAAUCCUGAAAGGCCAGAAACCUCUUCUGCUUAUGGUAAUCAGCAUGAAACUUCUGCAGAAGAUGUCAUAAUGUCUGAUGGUGAUAAUAUUUCAAACCAAGUGGAAUCUGUCAAGCUGCUUUUUGUGGAGCAUACAGCUAGCUACAACAUUCCACAGCUUGAAAGGCUUUACACACGAAUAAUGAAGGGUGUUUUUGAAACCAAAGCCAAAGUAAAAGAUGAUCUUAAGCCUUCAAUUUUGAAGUAUUUGUUGAAAUUUGCCGAGGAUGAGGCAAAUUUCUGAUGCGCUUAGUUUCAAUUGACGUUUCCUCUAUAUGUAUGUGAAGUUGAGAUAGUUGUAGAGAGACAAUACAUGCAUUCAUUGCUAAUUUUAACAUUGUAUGGGUGUCGGGUGACCACUUGAGUAAAGAAGCUAAUAUAUAUUUUCAUAUUUACAUA